CUUGAAUGUCUCACAACAACAGCUGGCUGCAGAAGGACAGACCGAGAAGCGAAGUCAGGACAGGAAGAUUGACCCUCUGCUGGACUCUACAGAGUAAACACGUUAGCACCUCACUAACAACAACGAGAACAACAACAAACACACAUCUUCUAAUUUCCCUUCAGUCUUUUCAGAAGCUCACGGCGCAUGCGCAGAGCCACAGACGGUGCAGUAGUUUUAAUCUGGAACUCAGAGACAACGCUGUUGCCUUCUGUUUUUUUUUUUCAGUGUCAGACAUGACAGAGCAGGAAGGGGACUCCUUCAACCGACUGUUAGCCAACGACCUUGACAGUUUUUUAAAGAUGACCACCUCAUGGAGUGACAGACUGCAGAAAUAUGCAGACCUGCCUGCCAACAUGGAUGGACUGGCAAUGAAGAAGUACAGACGAGAGCCCUACCACAGAGUGUUUGUCAACCGAAGUUUGGCAAUGGAGAAGAUCAAGUGCUUUGGCUUUGACAUGGAUUACACUUUAGCAGUGUACAAGUCGCCGGAGUACGAGUCACUGGGCUUCGAGCUCACAGUGGAGCGUCUGGUCUCCAUCGGUUAUCCUCAGGAGCUGCUCAGCUUUGUGUACGAUCCCUCCUUCCCGACCAGGGGCCUUGUGUUUGAUACCAUGUAUGGAAACCUCCUGAAGGUUGAUGCUUACGGUAAUAUACUGGUCUGUGUCCACGGGUUCAACUUCUUACGAGGCCCUGAGACCCGUGAGCGGUACCCAAACAAGUUUAUUCAAAGAGGUGACACAGAGAGGUUUUAUAUCCUCAACACUCUCUUCAACCUGCCAGAGACCUACCUCUAUGCCUGCCUCGUGGACUUCUUCUCCAACUGUGACAGAUACACAAGGGGGAGAAUGCUUUCCUGUUUGGCUGGGGACCCCUCCAACAAGGGAAGCUGUGAGACCGGCUUCAAAGAUGGCGAUCUCUUCAUGUCCUACAAGAGCAUGUUCCAGGACGUACGUGAUGCUGUGGACUGGGUGCACUUCAAGGGAACUCUGAAGGAGAAGACUGUGGAGAACCUGGAAAAGUAUGUGGUCAAAGAUGGGAAGCUACCGCUUCUGCUCAGCAGAAUGAAUGAAGUCGCCAAGGUUUUCUUGGCAACCAACAGUGACUACAAGUACACUGAUAAAAUCAUGACCUACCUGUUUGACUUUCCUCAUGGCCCUAAGCCGGGCACUGCUCACCGGCCGUGGCAGUCCUACUUUGACUUGAUCCUAGUGGAUGCCAGGAAGCCCCUGUUCUUCGGGGAGGGUACAGUGCUUAGACAAGUCGACACAACAACAGGGCGUCUGAAGAUAGGAACCUACACUGGACCUCUGCAGCAUGGCAUCGUCUACUCUGGAGGUUCCUCAGACAUUGUGUGCGAUCUGCUGGGAGCCAAGGGCAAAGACAUUGUGUACAUCGGGGACCACAUCUUUGGAGACAUUCUCAAGUCCAAAAAACGUCAAGGUUGGAGGACAUUCCUGGUGAUACCCGAGUUGGCCCAGGAGCUGCAUGUGUGGACAGACAAGAGCUCUUUAUUCGAAGAACUGCAGGGCCUGGACAUUUUCUUGGCCGAACUCUACAAACAUCUGGACAGCAGCAGUAACGAGAGGCCGGACAUCAGCACUAUUCAAAGGAGAGUCAAGAAAGUGACUCACGACAUGGACAUGUGCUAUGGCAUGAUGGGUAGUCUGUUCCGCAGCGGCUCCAGACAGACCCUGUUUGCCUCCCAGGUGAUGCGUUACGCCGACCUGUACGCCGCCUCCUUCAUCAAUCUGCUGUACUAUCCCUUCAGCUACCUGUUCAGAGCUGCUCACGUCCUGAUGCCCCACGAGUCGACAGUUGAACACACCCAUGUGGACAUUGACACAGAGUCGCCUCUGGCCACACGCAACCGCAGCCACUGCAACGACUGCAAAGACCUGGAUUGCAAACGCAAUCAUCUGACUCGCUCCUUCAGCGAGAUCAAACCUCCAAACCUGUUCCCACAGACUCCCCAGGAGAUCACCCACUGCCACGAUGAGGAUGAUGAUGAAGAGGAGGAGGAAGAGGAGUAACACAGCAGACAAUACAAGGAGACUGGAGUUCCUGCUCCUGUCUUCAUGUUUUCCAGUCGUGUCAGGUAGUGACCACUCCUACAGUGACAACAUCUCCUGUGUGUGUGUGUGUGUUUACUGUCUCAGUAUUGUGUGCACAACAACACACACACACACCCACAGGAGAUGUCAGGAGAGAUAAAGGACCAGUAGCAAAAGUUUUCCCAGCACUGAUAUAAACAAUAUAUAUAUAUAUAUAUAAAUAUCUAAACAAAAGAUUUUGAUUUCUGUAACACGAACACAGAUAUGUUUGAAUAUGUUUUAUAAGAUGGCUCUGAUGAGACACUGGUGGAAGAAAGCCACGCCCACUUAAGUACUUCAGAAACUUUGACCUUCAGUCAUGUGUAAGAACAAACAAAACCAACAGGCUACAAACUUAAACGCACAGAAAAAGACCAUGAACAUGGCUCCACAAGUUUUAGAGUGGCUCCUGGUUAUGACCUGGUGAGAACUGUUGGAAACUGUGUCCAGUCUGUAAUUGGACGCACCUGCUACGAGCUCUUUCCCACCUUACUGUGUCUUCUUUCUUUCCUGAUAAUAACAUAGUAAUUUACAAUGUCAAAACUCAAACCACUGGCAAAAGAAUUCAGUGUGAAGUCGAAGCCUUCUCCACUGCUGCCUUUCACACAAGGCCACGUAGCAUCAUCAUCUCCAAAUACUGUAGACUUUCAUCUGUAAGGUUAUUUAAAUAUCUUGUGAACUCUAAUUUGUAAUACAAUGUUUGGGUGAAUUUAACAGAUGCACCGUGAUACAUGCAAAAAUGUGUGGGCAGUCAGAUCUUUCAUGGUCUGGCACAGAGGCAUUAAAAAUGGGAAGUAGUAACAGUCCCAGUUACUACAGCGGAAUACUGAUGUCAAAUUGUUUGAUACUGUAACUGAAAUUGGUGGGCUCGCCUGCUGACACGAAAAAUGAAAGGGUGGUGUGGAGUUUUUAUUAUGAUUGACAACGAUGGAAUUUGAUCUGGGAGCUAGCUUCUCUCAAACUUUGUUUUUUUAUGUCUGAUUGAACUUUUAACUUUAGGUUGAAAUGUUGGAUGAAAAAGGACAGGUUGCAGAAUCUGUGAUGUUGACUGUGGCUGUGCAGAAACAGUAUGCACAAUGUUAAAUGAAUAAAGAAAAAAAACACUUUGCAGGAAACGGUUAAGAGUGGGAAAAAAAUAUAUGCACAUACUUCAAAAAGAGGGUUUUUAUGCAAGCAGUCGUGUUUAAUUUUAUUCACAUUAUUAUAAAGGAGAAAAAUUUCCUAAAACUCUA